UCUGUCAUAAAUCCUAAUUCUUCGGCAAUACUUGUUGCUGGGAUGGGAAAUUGUGUUUCUGGUGUUCGUACUGCAUUACUUUCGGUUUGAAUCGACACAUUUCGAUUAUGAUUUUCGGAGUAUCUGCUAGCUUUUUGUUAUUUGUAAUCUUCGUCUAAAUAACACACGAAAGUGUCCAUUGAAAACUAAUCCAUUUAAUAUAAACCAAUAUAUAAUUAUUUAUAAAAUCUACUUUGCAACUUUUUUGAAAGCAACAACGAAUGCAAAAUCAACUCUUGUGUACUUCAGUCACAUACAACCGCUGCUCCAGCUGAUUCUACUUCUGCAAACCUGGGUCAUGGAGGAAAUAUUGGACAAAAUUACGAUACAGAAACCGAAUCUGUACAUAGUGCUAACCAAGAUCGCAUUGCUCCUCUACGGAAUUUUCACAAUUAUAAAUCUAGUGGUCGACAUCAUUAUACAACGAGUGGUAGUAGUCAUAUUACUCAACAGACAACCCAUAGUGGUUCACGCCAUCGCCACUAUCGCCAUUUACCUAGUUCAAAUACCUAUGAAGCUCCUUCAGUGAUGAGUUCUGAUUUAGAAUCAACUAGCUUCUUAGACUCGGAAGAAGAAUCUAGCAGGUUUUCAUCAGUCACUGGAACAACAUUAUCUUCCCGUCGGUAUGGCCGUGCACGUCGCAGACGAAGACGUAGGCGUCCACCACCAAUCAGCCGGGCCUCUUCGUUCAGCAGUAUUACAGACUCCACCAUGUCUUUAAAUAUUGUGGCAGUUACGUUGAAUAUGGAUAUCGUCAAUUUCUUGGGUAUCAGUAUAGUUGGUCAGUCAAAUAAAUCUGGAGAUGGUGGGAUUUAUGUAGGUUCUAUCAUGAAAGGUGGUGCUGUCGCUCAAGAUGGACGAAUUGAACCUGGGGAUAUGAUUUUGGAAGCGAAUGGGAUUAGUUUUGAAGAAAUGAGUAAUGACGAUGCAGUUCGCACAUUACGAGAGCAGGUUCAGCGUCCUGGACCUAUUACAUUAGUUGUUGCUAAAUGUUGGGAUCCUAAUCCAGCCGAACGUUAUUUUACAAUACCUCGCCAAGAACCUGUACAUCCUAUUGAUCCGCGUGCCUGGGUGUUACAUACCAAUGCAAUGACCGCACCAGACUCACAGGUUCAAAGUAGUGAUAUACAUAGACAAGUUAAUGGGACUUCCAUGACUGGUGCCUCUUCAGGUGGUGAGUCUAGCUCCACUCUUAGUCCCCCUGGUCUUACCCCUGGUAUGAGUAUGGGCACUUUGACAUCAGGGCAAACUUCAAUGCCUCUAGGUACAAGUGCAGCAGCGUUCAAUAUGGCUGCUUUACUUGCAGCCUCUAAACAAAAACAGCAACAAGAACAAGAACAUCAGCAGCAACAACAUUUACUUCAACAACGAAUUCAUUUAUCACAACCCGCAUUUUAUCCUGCAUCAAAUUUAUUACUUCCUCAUGGUUAUACUCAACAGAUCGCUCCUAGCAUUGUUACUGCAUCCAGCUCGCUGCCGGAGAUUGAACGUUAUUCAGACCCCAUUCCAUUAAGUCUAUCGACAAGUAUUCCCACAGUUAUUCGUGCAAUGCUCCAACCUGAUUCUGGUCUCGAUAUUAGAGAUCGUAUCUGGCUCAAGCUAACCGUACCAAACGCGUUUAUAGGUUCUGAUCUAGUUGAUUGGCUUUUCCGUCACUUGGAUGGUUUGACCGAUCGCCGAGAAGCCCGAAAGUAUGCAUCUAAUCUGCUCAAAUUGGGAUACAUUCGGCAUAUUGUAAAUAAAUUAACUUUUUCGGAACAAUGUUACUAUGUCUUCGGGGAUAUAAGCGAACAUAUGUCUUGCUUAAGCCUAGAAGAAGUUGAUAGUGUCAGUGAAGUCGGUGCACAUUCUCAUCCUAAUUGGGGGCACAAUACAACAAGUACUAGUUUAACUGUUAGGGCUGGUGCUAAUGGUAGCAUGCCAGAUUACAAUCCGGGUUUUGUUGGAUCUCAUGGAAUCGGAGCAGCAAGUAGAGAAGGGAAUAGCAGUCAGUAUAGCACAGUCCCACCGAUGUAUCAUCCGCCUGCUCCGCCUCUUGCUGCUCCUAUUCGUCAGUUGAUCGCAGACGGUCAAAAUAUAGCUGCUAACGCAAAUCUCCAGCAGCCACACAGUGGGCCCCGAUUGAACAAUGGAAAUAGAGAUAAUAUUUCAGGCUAUUCCAGUUCAACAUCUAGCACAAGUAGUGAGUCUGGUCAUUUCACUCAUGAAAUUCCUGGACAUACGAAAUCGCGCCCCAAAGAAACAUCUGCAACAAACCACAUUGGGGCUCAGGGAUUCAACCAUUCUAGACAGCAAGAUCCAGUUUUACCAAAUGUACGGUCACUAAAACAUCAACAUUCCCAGUCAAAUUCUAAUUUGGCACAAAGUCUCUCUGCUACUGGUGGUGUUUCAGGCAAUCAGUCUAGAUUAAGACCUCCUUUUUAUUCUAAUGGUAAUGAUAUAUCUCAACAGAAUGAGCUUGCAGCAUCAUCUACAGGAUCUAGUUCGACUUCUUUUGGAAACCCAAGACAGAAUGUUCCCACUAAUAAUUCUGAUGGCAAGCAACACCAAACACAGGAUUCAGUUAAACGAGAUUCUAUGCUCAGUUCGAAAAGUAGUAGCAGCAGUAGCUGUACUCCGUUGAAUGCAAACAUGCAAGAAACGCGACUGUUCAAUUCACAUCGGCUGUCUCAUAUGUCAAAUCACCAAAAUUGUGCUCCUCCUCCUCCACCACGAAUUUCAACUGCUGUUUCUGGUUUCACACUCACAAGUCAUCCUUAGACAGUAAGAAUUGUUAUACAAAUCCUCCUCAUUUGGCGUCGGUAUUUUGUGGUUAGGUCUGAAAUCAGCACGGUCUCUAAAGUGGGUUGCCGAGUGUUCUCAGUAGCACUUAAAAAUAGACUCUGGUCAGCUCGAUGCGUGAACCUGUUUCUACUUAGCUGAUAUCUAAUUUGAGUUGGCGGUAAUUAUUUCAAGUCCAUUGUUUUAUCAUACUCAUCUACUAACAAGUGAUAUAACUUAAUUAUCUAAAUCAUAAUUAACCAGAAGAUGAUACAACACGUUAACACAAUAUUUUGUUUAUACACUAAACAUAAGCGACUUACUAGUUGCCCUGUGUCAAUAUAGUGACUCAGACAGUAAUAUCAUAGUAGAUGUUAAUUCAUAUCAAUGACACAAAAUCGAGUACUAGGAUUUAAAACCAGUGUUAAAUUUUUAGAUUAGACUAGCUCGCAGACAAUGCGCACUACUUGGUUGAUGUUUUACCCUUUCACAUAAAGUCUUACCACUGAUUUUUAUCUCGUGGUCCUUAACUCCCUUCUAUUUAAUGGUUGCACCGAUAGUCAUUAGUAGAACUUCCAGUCACCAUUUAAUCUAAACAUGUAACAUAUGUAUUUCAAACUAAUCUGUUAAUACGAGUUCACUACUCAAUGCUUUAGUUCGCUUGUAAGAAAGAUUAACUUUAACCCAGUGACUAUUGAAUCACUUUUAACUAACAUCUUUCUGUCAAAUGCUCCAGGGCUAUUUACUUAUAAAUACAUUAAUUCCUACUUUAUAUAUAUAUAUAUAUAUAUAUAUAUAUAUAUAUAUAUAUAUAUGGCGCUCACCAAAGUAUAAUAUAUUUCUGUGUUCAUUGAGCUUAUUUCAGUGCAUAAAGUAUACUACUGAUUCAUCUGUUUUUUACUCGUCUUAGAAUUUGUAUCUUUAAUUCGCCUGUAUUUAUUUUUGAGUAUAAAGCCUCUUAAUGCUUACAAAGAAACAUUACACUAUCGUUUGCCUCUUUUAGUGAAAUCUGGAAAAACAGAAUUACCGUGGUUUGGGAAGAUUUUUCUACCUCAUCCCAUCUCUUCUCGAAGGUUUCCAAAGAGAUAUAAUUAUUUUGACCACUUCGUUGUAAUUACAGUGAUAUGUGAUACUCGGAUUUCCGUAAUAUAACCUCAUUUCUUCACAAAGAAGCUCAUCCACAACUCAGGCCAUUUUUUUCCGAUUUUAUACUCAUGAAAGUUUUUUCCCUGAUACAUAGUUCACUCACGCGUUAAGUUGUAUAUUGUGCAAUCAUUAACACUUUAAAAUACCCUAUUUGACAAAAAGAUAUCAACUCCUCUUGUAAUCAAUCUCAUAGUCUACCUCGAUGUAUUGUUUAUCAUUUAUCUAGUUACAACUUAUUGUCUUGUUCUUGAAAUGGACUCCCAUAUUACAUAUUAUGUACCAAUCCUUUUUUAUCUACCUAAUUCAUUUUUAUCUCAUUUUCUUUCUUUCUUAACUAACAGAAUGUGCUUUAUUUAACCGUAUUAUUCAGUUUCCUACUCCAGAAAUAAUUUUUUCCUUGAAUUCAGUUGUCGUUACGUAUAAUAUUUGAUUGAUACUUAAAUCAUUUACAAUUUUCAAAUCAAAACUUUUAACUAA